GAGCGGGGACAGCUCCGGUGCUGACCGCGACGCGGGUUUGCCGGGAGAGCCCGGGCGGGCGGCGGCGGCUGCCGGCGGGCGGGUGCGAGUGGCGGCGUGCGGGCGGCGGGGCCGCGCCCGGCCAUGAGGCACGAGGCGCCCAUGCAGAUGUCAUCCGUUCAAGAUUCCAAAUAUGGCCAGAAAGAUACAUCUGACCAGAACUUUGAUUACAUGUUCAAACUGCUCAUUAUCGGCAACAGCAGUGUUGGGAAAACCUCCUUUUUGUUUCGAUACGCUGAUGAUUCCUUUACGUCUGCGUUUGUAAGCACGGUUGGGAUCGACUUCAAAGUAAAAACAGUAUUCAAAAAUGAAAAAAGAAUUAAGCUACAGAUUUGGGACACAGCAGGACAGGAGAGAUACAGAACAAUUACCACAGCUUACUACCGGGGUGCAAUGGGCUUCAUUUUAAUGUAUGACAUCACAAAUGAAGACUCUUUCAACGCUGUGCAGGAUUGGUCAACUCAAAUCAAAACAUACUCUUGGGAUAACGCCCAGGUUAUUUUGGUUGGCAACAAAUGUGACAUGGAGGAUGAACGGGUAAUCUUCAGUGAGAGGGGCAAACAUUUAGCAGACCAACUUGGAUUUGAAUUUUUUGAAACAAGUGCCAAGGAAAACAUUAAUGUCAAGCAGACAUUUGAGCGACUUGUGGAUAUCAUCUGUGACAAAAUGUCAGAAAGUCUGGAGAUGAAUACCACCACUGCUGCCAGCAACCAGAAUACACGGCUAAAGGACACUCCUCCUCCACAGCAGCCCAACUGCAGCUGUUAAUGCAGCUAUCAGCAAAGGCUCCAGUGUGUUCUGUUGCCAAGAGUUUUUCAGAAUGUUUAUGAAUGGUCUAUAUGCCUUUUUUUAAUACUGUCUUAUUAAUUUAUUUGGGAAAACAGUCUUAUUUUAUGUCAGCAGUAGUUUGAGUAUGCGUAUGAAGAUGGAACAAUUAUUAGUCUGAAAGGAUGAUCCACAUUUUAGUAUCUGGCUUUUGCAUGCAGGCUGGCUAUUAAUUUCUCUUUUGCUUUUACUGUUUUACAUCACAAUCACUUCAGCUGGUGCCAUGUCGUCAGACCAUAUUUGCCUAGAAUUGUCUCUCACUUCAUCACUUUCCAGUUAUAUAAUCAAAUCUAUAGGGUAGUGGCCAGGCUGUUUUAGAAUAAGCCUCCUGAUUCCAUUUUUAUAUCCUCCUGACUGAAAAUGAAUUUAGAAGUAUCCUUGUAGUGAGACAAUCCCUCAUUCUGUCCAGGCCAUUUGUAUAAGGGACACAUACUGGAGCAAGUUGCCUACACUCAUUACAAUGUUACGCAUCCUGGUUGACUGGAAACUGUAGAAGUUAGAAAGAAGUUAGUUCCUGGACUCAAAGCCACCAGAAUUUUCUGUGAGUUUCCAGUUGGGUGGUAUUUAUCCAGACCCUCAGAGAUAAUACAUACUUCAUCCUGUCUGGAUAGCUAGUGUGUUUACUUUUCCAUGGGAGCUGCAUGUCUAUCUAAUAACUUUCUGAAACUGUACUUAAUUUCUCAUUCCAUCAUUAUGGAGAUCCCAAUCUUACCUACCCCUGUAGUGGAGGGUUGAUUAACUCUUUCCAUUUCUACCUGUGUGAGAUAUUAACCACAAAGUUCUAUAUUAUCACUGACAGAGCCAAAUCCAUUGUGCCUAAUUGUUCAUAGCCAAGAAUUUCCUUAUCAUGUUGCUGUCAAACCUCCAUGCUUUGAUUUUCAGAAUUUAAUCUCCCAUUCAGUCACUGAGACAGCCACCACUGGCUACAAACACUUAUACUUUACUCAGACUUGUUGCAGAAGAGCUGAUGGUGUCAGUGAACUGAAGUUUGACCUCAUUUUUUCCAUCUGUUUUGUCAAGAGAAUUGGAAUUUUUAAAACUUUAGGAGUAAUAAAAAAUUGUCAACAUUUCUAGUCUUAGGCUGAAUAUAUUAAUAAGAUGAGCAAAAGGCUGUGAAGAUAGCAGAAUAAAGUACACAAAUUAUUUUUAAUAAAGUGGUAAAAUAGUCAUAUUUCACAGUUUUUACUCCUUUAAGUAUAUGCUUACAUCUGUGCCCUGGAGUACUUUGUACAACUGCUUUACUUGCAUUACAAUGACAUUUUUUAACUAAACAAUGUAAUUGAAGAAGCACUGACUAUUUUAUUAUUCCAGUUAGGCAGAAUUUAGGCCAAGGUUGAUAUUUCUUAAACUGUCUGCAGUGGGAAGAGGAAGAUACACUAAAAAAAAUAGAAGUAACAUAUGGUCCUCCAAAUGGCUCAUAACUGCAAAGAAAUCCCUCUACAUACUUUAUGUUAUUUGAAGGUAAUUUAUAUAACUCUUGAUACACAAUAAGAGAAAAUGAUCCCUUUUUUUAGUCUGAUUAAAUAAUCUACGUACACUUUGACACAGUUAAAAUUCCUUCCAAACAAGGCAUAUAGACAUACGUAAAAUGGGUAUGCCAUGAGGGUGCCUACAUUGGUUGCACAACUUAAAUGAGUAAAUAUUCUUUGUUCAGUCUGGGGUUUUAAACCAUGUCUGUCCUGUUAACUAGUUUACUUAGGCACUUUUUUCCUAGUAAACUUGGACACCAUGAAGAGAAACCACUAUCCUCUUUAGGGCCAAUGAGCAGUCAAGCAGAAGAGGCAUGUGCUAUCCAAACCACAAUCCUGUCUCUCUCUGGGGUGCUGCUUUUCCCUCCUUCUAAGGCAGUGUGUUGCCAACUGUCCUGAGAGACUUAGGACCUCUUUACCCACUACCAUUAGUACACAUUUCUACCAACUGAUUUGAAAAAAAAAAGAAACAAUACAAAGUUGAGGAAGCUUAGUUUGAAACAGUGGGCAGUUUUCCAUGCUUUUAUUGUUAAUGUGCAGUUAUUCCUGCUGGAGAAAAAGGAUCAGGAGACCCUUGAGAAAGAAUUCAGCUUCCGCUCUCAAGUGAUUUAGAAAAACGUUAUGUUGUAUUAUUAGUCUGAACCAUCUCAGGCAAGGUGAGGAGAGAGAAGGAUAUAAUCUCAUCAUCCCUGAGCUUGGGCAUAUCCUGCAGAUGGCUAAAAGUGCAUCUAAAUGCACUGGCUAAAAUUGGCUAAAAUUGUCAUCUCUUGUGCACAAUGAAACAAAGAAAAAAAACCUGCAGUAAGAUGCCCCUUACUGCAGCCACAGUAUGCUUGUAUUCCACUGCAGUGAAUUUAAGACCCUCCCUGCCUCAGUAUAACCAUGUAGACUCUAAUGAUGGAAACAGAUUAUUAGUGUAUAUCUUUUUAAAAAAUCUGAGUGAUGGGUAAAGAGUUCUUUACAUAAAUGCAAUUAAUUAAUUGCUUUUCAUUUUGCAUGGGCAGAAGAGGAACAGCAAAGUCAGAGGGCGAUACUUCUCUGCUUCAUGUUUCUGAGACAACUAACCUCCCAGGCCUCCGCACGUUUGGCCUUCUGCAUGGGGUGGGGAGGAAGGGGGAAGCAGCUGCCAUAGUAAUGUUGUUCCUUAGAGUACCAAAAAUGUCUUAAAAAUUAAAAACUCAUCUAAAGUACAGCAGCAGAACCAGUCAGUACUUGAAAUCAAGGAAUUUUGUGUUGACACUCAGACAUUUUUGUGGAGUUCAGAAUUAGAUUAAUUUUUAAAAUUUUCUAAUAAAAUACUUGGAGUUUUUAAAAAUCAAACUGUUUAAAACCCUAGGCAAAUUGCUCGGACUUCUGAGUUGAUACUGUUUUGAGUAGAAGGUUGGAGGUGUGACCUGCUGAACUCCCACCAAACCCAAUUUAUGUUAUCAUGACUUUCUCUAAAAUUGAAAAUGUGUGAAAGUUCAAGUAAAUCUUUUCUUAACAAUUCGGGUUACCUACUAUUGGAAAAGUAGGCUUUGAUUUUCCAUCAGAGGUUGGCUUUUGCAGCCACAUGCUUUACAGAAAUACUGAAUUUUGUGCUAUAAAACUUGGUCACAUGUAGAUCAUGAGCAUCAUGAUCUCAGUACCUCUCUCAGCUGGAACUUACCUAUUGUAGAGAAACACUAAAGACAAAAAAGCUUUUGAAAAGUCACUUACUAUCCCUUCUCCAAACAUUCUCAGAAUUCUGAGGGGACUAGCAGUAUUGGUUUUUAUUUAAAUUUAAAUUCUAUUAAUUAAUAAUUGGGUAUCCAAAACCAGUCUGUGUCACUCUGGCUUGGAUCCUCUUGACUUUUGUGGUAGAACUGCAGUUUUUCUUAAAUUUAGGAAGGCUGAACGUUUUGGGAAAACCCAUCACAACUUGAUCAAGGGCCUAAAUUUAAACAAUCAAUGUCUUGUUCUUCACACAUAUCUAAUAGUCACAGAUUAUGAGUUGUUGGAAGAGACGAGCAGGUUUUGGUUAUAUCCCUGAUCUAUCCUUUAGCGUGGCAGAAUUCCACCUAGAGCAAGUACCAGGCUACAGAGCACCAUAUUUUACUAAUGGAAGAGGGGAUGGAUUAUUAAACUGAAGCCUGGGAUAACAGAUCCUAAACUACUUUCAGCCUCAUCACAAAUCUUGGUGAAAAAGUACUUGCACUCCUUGCACUAAUUUGUUGUUACUCUCAGCACAGAAAUAGAACUGAAUAUCACAGUCUAGCCACAGAUACCCCCUUCAGCUGAGAUUUAUUCAUUUGGUGAGAUACAGCAGUUGACACACAGAGCAUGUUAAAUUUCUGAGAUGUUAGAGUCCUGAGCUCCAUAGUGCCAGCUGAACUAAUACUACACAACCUGUUUUCCAAGUUAUGAUCUAGAUUAAAGCUUAUAGCAGCAGGCUAAUUCUGUGCAUGGCACCAGCCUUAUCAUGCUUUGAUAGAGUGUUGCUUGUUGUACCUUCAAACUAGUGCUCAGAAAAUGCCUUGGGAGCAUAUAGGAGCAUGGGAUUGACUGGUUCCUGCAGUGUCUCCUGGUAACAGCCUGCCAAACAGCUACCAAGCCCUGCUUGGUGGAACCUUUAGAUGCAUGUUUCGGUUUCUUUUAAGAGUUCAUGUUCACAAGGUCUAAGUGCAACUAACCUAAUGCUGUACCUUUUAUUUUUAUUGUUGGUGAUUAGACCAAUUUAUUUAUAUUUUAUUUAUACUUGUUCAUUUGCUGGUUUAAGUGCAUAUGAACUAGCCUGAUUUUCUACUCUUUCUCUCUGAACGGCUGUGUUAAGUGUCUGUUACGUGGAGGUCUUUGUUCCUUUGUGCUUCUACUUAAUGUAAUGCCUAGACAAACUACCUGAGCAACUACAUCUAUGUGGCCUUUUCCAGAGCACCAGUCUGAAAGAUUAAGUUUUCUUCCCAGUCUGCUCAGCUCUGUAUAUCCAUCUGUACCACCUUCUUUAUUUUAGAAAUGAAAUGCUAUUUCAGGGUGCACAAAAUUUGCUGGAGUUUUAUCCUAACUUUGAAAACGCUUUGAAUUUGCCAUUUUUUAGAAAAAAAUAGUCGCAAAAAUUCUACAUUUGAUGUGGAUGCAUUUGUUUUGUCUGUAGCAGAUAAAUGAUGCUGUAAUUGCAUUCAAAAAGAAGCCUUCUCACAAAUUCCACUCCUCUCCAACUACUCUUUUUUAUAUUUGUUUGUGAGAGGUAAGUUUUAUUAUCUGCAUUCUUAUAGGCAUCAGCUAAAUUUCUGUUCUGCUGACAGACCGAUUCCUUCUUGGCCUGUUUUAUAUAGACACACAGUGUAUAAGCCUAGUUCUUGUUUAGGAUGACAGAUAUGUGAGAUCAUGAGUUUGAACCUACAUAGAUGAGCCCUCAGGGUGUAAAGCAUUAUGUCUUCACCUAUGCCAACAGGGGAGUAAGUUGUGUUAAUUUACACCAUUUAAUCCAUACAUUCUGACUCCAGACUCUCCAGGGCUUGUCAUUUGUCAAGUCCCAUUUAAAGAGGCAACUCAUUUCAAUUAUUUGAGUGAAUUCUACCGGUUUUAUUUAUUUAGGGGUAAAUGUAGUUCACCUCCACAAAUUAAGCUUUCUUUCUUUUUUGGUUUGGCUUGGUUUAUCCAUGGAUGUUCAGUGAAGCAAAACUUGUAACAUAUAGUAUGCACAUAUACACAGCAGUACAUCUUUGGUACUCAUUCAAUUCCCACUGUUACUUUUUCAUGUACAGUGCCACCUUCCCUAAAUGUCACAGUGUAAUUUAUCCAUAAAUUGUCAUUACCACUGGAAAUCAAAUGUGUUACAUUUGAAGACCAUAGUUUUAUCAUCCACAGUUCUGGCAGAGGUAGAUGGCUUAUCAUUUGUAGAAUAAGGUAUUUGGUAUUGAUCUUGGGGGGGAAGCAAAAAUGCUAAUUUUCCAAUAACUUCAGGAUCACACAUAACAUGCAGAAAUGAAAGCUAGAGAUUGCUUACUACUUCUGGUGAUAAAUUUCCUCGAGUAAUUCUGACAUGUACCUGCAACUAGUGAUAAAAGAAAUGUUUGUGCUGUAAGUCCUGUUCAAUAUUUUAUCAGUAAUGUCAUAUCUGUUGUGACUCAGUUGGACCGUCACAAUGUGUAACCUAUAUACUAGUGUUCGUGGCUUUCAAAUGUCUUAAAUGUUGCAUGAAAUUAUGUUACAAAAAAUAGAUAUGUUUUCUGUUUUUGAAUACCUCAAAACUGAGGGAUCAUGGGCCAAUAAGUGCAAUAUUUAAUUAUUUACUCAGUGUAUGUAAACAUGUGUGAAAAGGAGACGCAUCAUGUAUGUGUGAUAAGCUGUUGAUGAUGCCUUUGUGGCUUAAGAUUUCCAGUAGAUGUACACGUCUUUUAGAAAAAUUCUAUAGUAAACACUUUACCAGUGUAGUGUGAGGAUAUUCAUAAGUAACUUAAACUAUUUUUCAUAUAUGAGACAAUGGUAAAAAAUAUUUGUAUGUUUACUGCAAGUGCAUGUCAAUUUUACUUUUAGAGUUGUGAUGUCCUUUUCUGAAAAUUGUCAUGUUACACCAACACUAGUGGGACAGCACUUUCAGUCAGAAGAUGCCUGUAACCAUUGCUAGAUUGUCCACCCAUAUUUUAAAGCAUGUUCUCUAGAAGCAUUAAAAGAACCUCUUAGAGCUCAGCAGUUACACUGAGUUAAAGAGUCAAUUACAUGCUCUGUUUGCCUGUAUUGUAUAAUAUCAUGUGAGCAUGUUUUCUUUAAUCUGAUACUGUUAACUCAUAAUACUUAUCUGAAAUACUAAAUAGGGGUACCCAAGAUGCUUGCAGAUGACUUGUCAAACUUCAGGUGGUGCCCUGGGUUAACAUUUUGGGAACAGCUUGAAGGUCACACUCAGCAGCACAGCACAGUGGAUGGUGACUUUAAUUAAGUCACUUUUGAAAUUAAGUUUCUUAACUUCUCUAGAUUCUAAAGAUGGAAGACAUAUCCUUAAAUAUAUUGACCCGCAUUCUUCACUCCACUGUUACAUGUCACUCAAAGUUCAACAACUCCACUAUUAGAAGUAAAGCUGAGGUACAAAUGGAAACAAAAUGCAGGUCAAAAUCUAACCAUGAAAUUAACAGGAAACGUCCAAUAAUUUAUUUUUACUUUCCUGCUAACCUUACAUAUUUCUAGUAGUUCUCAAAGAACACGAGCAGGGCCACCGGUACUCAGCAAAACCCUUGGGUACAUUUUGGACCUUUAAACCCUGAAUCACUGCUCUGCCAUGGGUUCCCAGCCAUGCCCACAGAGUCUGUUAAUUCUUGCUACAUCUUUGGUUUCAAAGGAAUGUGUCUUCUGUCUUGGGAAUUUGCUAUAGAUAUAAAUAUAGAUAUAGAUAUAGAUAGAUAUAGGCCACUGUGUCUGGGCCAUGGGAGGAACUGGUUUUGCUGAACAAAUUUCAUAAAAAAGUAUAUUCAUUGGUACCAUACUAAAGUACAUAAGAAGAUUUUUAGUGUGGUCUGAUGCAUUUUUGUGACAACGUAUAAGGUAGAUUUAGGGUUUGGUUUUUAGUUGGUGUUUUUGUUGUUGUUGUUGUUUGGGUUUUUUGGGGUUUUUUUGUGGGUUUUUGUGUGUUUGUUUUUUUUUUUUUUUAAUUAGCUUGAUCAGGAAAAUAAUGAAACUCUUAGGCCUGCUGGAAACCAGUAUCAAGGUUUUCCUUUCCUAUGUCAUCAGGUAGUUUCACUGAGAAAGCAAAAUAGCCAGACUGCAUUAAGUAGCACAGGACAGUACUUGCAAUGACCUGAAAAGUCCUUUUUAAAAUUCUCACUUUCUUUGUACCUUCUGCUAUUAAAACUUCUGCAAAAUUAUACAGACCAGAGUGAAAUGAAAAUGUAUAUGGAGAGAAAAUGGGGAUCAUUAAUCAAAAAAAGGAAAUUCUCAGCAUCAUUGUAGCUGAGCAACAGAAAAAGUAGUAGUCAUGAGAUACCACUUAAAUAGAAAUCUACAAUAUAUAACGUGCUACAGGACUAUGUAAACUUUUUAUUGCUAAGUGACCUGACAGUUCAAGGGCUGGCAGAUAAUUUUACCUAGAUUUUUUAUUAUUCCUCAUAGGCAUGCACAAAGAUAAAUGCUUACCUUGAAAAUACUGUUCUGGUUCCCUCAAACUAGCUUGUUAGCUGAAUUGUUCUUAAAGAAAAGUUGAAGUACUUGCUUAGGAUACCUUCACGAGGGGAUGAGACUCAAUCUGUGCCUUCUCCCCUGAUUCUUACUGCAAUAUAGUUACUGUGGUUUUAAAAAAUAUGUUAGUUAAAAUGCUGCUGAGUGUCAGAUUUUGUGAAUCUUCUGCAUACGUCCAUGGGAGCUCUUUCUGAAUGUGAAGUACAAAUUUUAUCUGUGUGGAGAGUUUUAAUUCUGUGAGGAUGUAGAGACCAUAUGUAUUCUCAAAGGUAUUCUCAUUGGAUAUUCUGUUUGUGUGUGACUUCUGUAUACCAAGUGGUUUUGUUUAAUUUUUUCUGGAUUUUUUUUCUUUUUGCGAUUACAAUAAAUAUUCCAGAGACUAUA